GCCUGAGGUCUCAUUUAGUUAAAAACGAGCAUUAACGGGUAUUUGACGUACAAAAAACGGAUAAAAUUAGUGAGACUUGUUGUGUAAUCCAUAAGGAUCUUAAAUAUUUUACUUGAUCUCAUAUUUAAUGGAAGAAUAAUGAGCAAUCCCAGUGAAAGCAAAUACCAGUACUUAGCUGCGCUAAGUGUUAAUAUUAUCAGCAUAUCAUAUGGAGCUUAUUGUGGGUGGCCCUCGGCCAGUUUCCUGGAACUGGCAUCGGAUAAGAGCCCCCUGGAUACAGGUCCUUUGACCAAACACGAACAGGGCUGGGUAGCAUCGUCUGUGUGUUUGGGUGGAUUAUUUGGAGCCAUUUUUUUUGUCCGACUGGCGGACAAAAUUGGAAGGAGAAAAUCCCUACUCUGGAUGGCCUUACCGAACUUGCUAGGUUGGAUUAUAAUUCCUUUUGCCCGAAAUGCCAACCACUUGAUCAUAGCCAGGCUGAUAGGGGGAGCCGCUGGGGGAGGGAUUUUUUCCGUGACUCCCAUUUAUGUGGUAGAGUUGGCAUCUAAUAGUGUCCGUGGGGUUUUGGGCACAUUUCUAGUUUUGACCUGCAGUGGUGGAGUCUGUUUGGCUUUUGUCCUGGGCUAUUACUUUGACUAUGCCACAGUGUCCUGGAUUAUGGCGACCUUGACCCCGGCCUUCGUUUUCUGCUUUUGGUUUAUGCCAGAGACCCCUCAGUACUUGGCCAGCAAAAAUAAGCUUAAAGAGGCAGAAUACUCCUUGCGGUAUUACCGAAAUAUUAGAUCCUUUUCAGUCAAAGAACUCAACGAGGACUUACAAUACGAACUGAAAAAGCUCAAGGAUACUGAGAAAACAGAUAUUGACGAUUCAAGUGACAAUAGCAACGCCGUGACUUGGGCAGAUUUUGCUGAACCCAAAAUCCGAAAGUCGUUCCUUAUUGGCUUUGGCCUAUUAGUUUUCAAUCAGUUGUGUGGAUGCUUUACGAUGCUGAAUUACACAGCUGUGAUUUUUGAACAAGCCGGAGCCAGCCUUAAACCUACAGUGGCCGCUAUAAUUGUGGGUGUCAUACAAAUUCUGGGUAAUUACGCUUCCACGAUGCUGGUGGAGCGCUUGGGGCGCAAGAUACUCCUGAUAGUUUCGGCCGUCGGAAUCAGUCUAAGCCAGGGUGUCAUGGCCACCUACAGCUACUGCCAGAUAAAGGGCCACCAGGUGGAGUCCUUUAGUUGGGUUCCUGUUGUUGCAUUUUCCUUCAUGAUCUUUGUGGCCGCUUUGGGGCUAAUGUCGCUGCCCUUCCUGGUGAUAUCAGAACUUAUGCCACAAAGACUAAGGAGCACUGCAAACAUGAUUCUCAUGUCGGUUCUCUGGGUGAUAUCUACAUGCACUAUUAAGCUGAUGCCCAUUUUCACUGACUGCCUGGGCAUGCACGGAACUGUCUACAUGUUUGCCAGUUUCUCAUUUGGAGCCGCCCUUUUCGUUGCCAUUUUCCUGCCGGAAACAAAAGGAACGACAGUGGAAGACGUAUUGGCCAGCUUAUAACUUUUCCAAUAUUCAUAUCUUAUGACUCGUGUACUUAAUUCUGUUAGUUUUGAAAUAAGACUAUAAUAAGUUUAAAAAAAAAUCAAGGAGCACGAAUAAAUAGCUCAUUGCAAUGGCUGUAUUUUGAAAACCA